UGAGCUGAAAUUGAUUAUAAAAUAUAGAUUUGACAGGGAAAAUAGGGAAUUUUAGGAAAAGUAACUUUUCCAGGAGGUUUGAAAUAAGGUAGAACUCCAGAAGGCGGAGCCUCAAGCUUAGCAGUUUCAGAUUUUUAGAGGUCGUAUUGGGCCGAGCAAAUCGAGAUCAUACGAUGGUGUGCGAUAACUGUCAUUUAUAUUGUAUUUUAUAGACUCGUUUCUAACAAAUUGUGUCGUCCCUAUGUAGGUUUAAAAGUGAUUAGUGGUGUGGUGUGGUGGAUAAAUUCAUUCCUCAUAGGUGAGGUAUUGAAAACUCGUGUACAGUGCAAUGUUCACGGGGACUAUUCGCGUAAAAUUAUGCGAGGCCCAGAGCCUGAGACCGACGGAUUGCUCGAUGCGUUAUACUUUCGGGAAACCUGAUGAACAACUUUUAGAUCCUUAUGUUACGAUUGUUGUGGAUGACAUUCAUGUAGCUCAAUCCACCUCUAAACAAAAAACUUGUGAUCCAGUAUGGAAUGAAUUCUUUGAGCACCAGGUUGAGAACGCUAAGACGCUGACCCUGACGGUGUUCCAUGACGCUGCGAUUCCACCUGACGUCUUCGUUGCGAACGUCUCUAUUCUUUUUGAGGAUUUGCUAAAUAGGGAGAGAGAUGAUUUUUGGGUGGAUCUAGAGCCCAAAGGCCGCUUACAUAUUAAAAUAGACUUAAGGAUAUCAAAAGAUUAUGGAGGAAAACCAAGAGAAUUCAAAGAGCGCCAGGGCUUCAAUAGGAGGCGUGGUGCUAUGCGAAGAAGAGUCCAUCAAGUUAAUGGUCAUAAAUUUAUGGCUACUUUCUUGCGACAACCCACAUUUUGCUCUCAUUGUCGUGAUUUUAUCUGGGGUUUGGGCAAGCAAGGCUAUCAAUGUCAAGUGUGCACAUGCGUUGUUCACAAACGAUGUCAUCAUACCGUAGUUACAAAAUGUCCUGGAAUGCAGGAUGAGUCGAAUCAACAUCAAAGUACUGGCUUCAAUGUUAAUGUACCACAUAGGUUUGUAGUUCACAACUACAAACGUUUUACAUUUUGUGAUCAUUGUGGAUCACUCUUAUAUGGACUAAUAAGACAAGGACUUCAGUGCGAAGCUUGUUCUUUAAAUGUACAUAAACGAUGUCAGAAAAAUGUCGCCAACAAUUGCGGUAUUAAUACAAAACAAAUGGCAGAAAUCCUGACACAAAUUGGUGUAUCACCCGAUAAACAAACUCCAAGAAGAAGUAAAUUGUUAACUGGAUCUGGUGGAAAUGGAGCACAACAAGAAGGUUUCACAGAAAAUUCAACUACAACUAGUGAAACAACAAGUGAAGAAUUGUCAAAAGCAAUGGAAGAAAAGUUAUCAAAUAACGAAGAUGCUUGUGCUGGAAAGAAAACUAUCGGCCUUAAUGAUUUUCACUUUAUAAAGGUUCUUGGUAAAGGCAGUUUUGGUAAAGUCAUGUUGGCCGAAAAGAAAAAUACAGAUGAAGUGUAUGCUGUUAAAGUGUUAAAGAAAGAUGUAAUUAUACAAGAUGAUGAUGUCGAUUGUACGAUGACAGAAAAACGAAUCUUAGCUUUGGCGGCAAAUCACCCAUUCUUAACUGCUCUACAUUCAUGUUUCCAGACGAAAGACAGAUUGUUAUUUAUAAUGGAGUACGUCAAUGGUGGUGAUUUGAUGUUUCAGAUACAACGUGCCAAAAAAUUCGAUGAGCCACGUGCAAGAUUUUAUGCAGCAGAAGUCACAUUGGCAUUACAAUUUUUACACAAGCAUGGAGUCAUAUAUAGGGAUCUCAAAUUGGAUAAUAUUUUAUUGGAUGCUGAAGGACACUGCAAACUUGCUGAUUUUGGUAUGUGCAAAGAAGGUAUUCAGGAUGGUAAAACUACUUCCACUUUCUGUGGUACUCCUGAUUAUAUUGCUCCUGAAAUUCUACAGGAAUUGGAAUAUGGUGCAAGCGUAGAUUGGUGGGCAUUAGGGGUCCUGAUGUAUGAAAUGAUGGCAGGUCAACCCCCGUUUGAAGCAGAUAAUGAGGAUGAUCUUUUUGAGUCCAUUUUACAUGAUGAUGUCUUAUAUCCAGUUUGGUUGAGUAAGGAGGCAGUCAGUAUCUUGAAAGGCUUCAUGACUAAAAAUCCAAGCAGAAGGUUGGGAUGUGUAGUUGCACAUGGAGGCGAGUCUGCUAUUCAGGCACAUCCCUUUUUCAAAGAAAUUGAUUGGACCGCUUUAGAACAACGACGAGUGAAGCCUCCGUUCAGACCAAGAAUAAAAAGCAGAAAGGACGUGACAAAUUUCGAUGCAGAAUUUACAAGGGAAGAACCCAUCUUAACGCCAGUCAGUAAUGAGGUACUUCAAUCUAUAAAUCAAGAAGAAUUCCGUGGAUUUUCCAUGAUUAAUCGAGAUUUUAACCCAGCCAGAUUUCUUGCCGAAUAGGCUUCUUUGUGUACCUAAAGUAAAACCAGGUACCAAAAAUUAAUUUAGUCCUGUAUGUACCUUUUGCAAAAUGUUUAUGUUGGUUUCUAUCUUAUUCGUAUUUCUUAAACUACAAUGUAUUGAUUGGGUAGACUUACUAUUUCACUUGAAUUUUGUAAUUAUACUAAAUUGAAACGGGGGUAAUUUACGUAAUAUAAAAUCAGGAUAAGAAAAA